AUGGAGAAGAGAUUGGGAAGAUUUGUUGAAGAGCUGAAGAAGGGGAGUCGUAUAGCGGCUCCAAUGGUGGCAGUCUCUGUGUUUCAGUACCUUCUGCAAGUAGGAUCAGUAGUUAUGGUCGGACAUGUGAGCCAACUCGCUCUUUCUAGUGUUGCCAUUGCCACCUCUCUCACCAAUGUCACCGGUUUCAGUCUUCUCUCAGGGAUGGCUGGUGGAUUGGAAACUCUAUGCGGACAGGCUUAUGGAGCGAAACAAUAUCGAAAGCUUGGAAUCCAUACUUACAGUGCCAUCAUUUCGCUCAUCCUGGUUUGCUUUCCAGUCAUUAUCCUAUGGAUCUUUAUGGACAGAUUCUUAAUUCUUAUCGGCCAAGACCCUGCAAUCUCACUUGAAGCCCGAAAGUACUCGAUGUGGCUGAUCCCAGCAUUGUUUGGAAGUGCAGUCCUUAAACCUCUGACUAGAUAUUUGCAGACUCAGAGUUUGAUUCUUCCAAUGCUCACAAGUUCAUUUUUCAUUCUAUGUUUCCAUGUACCAGUAUGUUGGAUUCUUGUGUUUAAAUUGGGAUUGGGAAAUCUUGGUGCAGCUUUAGCCUUCAGUUUAUCCACAUGGUUGAAUGUGAUACUGCUUGGAAUUUAUGCGAUGUACUCUUCAGCUUGUGAGAAAACUCGUGCGACAUUGUCCAAAGAAACUUUUCUUGCCAUGGGACAGUUCUUUCGCUUGGCUGUACCUUCUGCUAUAAUGAUUUGUCUUAAAUGGUGGUCAAUGGAGCUGCUAACUUUAUCAUCUGGCCUCUUACCAAAUCCGAAGCUGGAGACUUCAGUGCUUUCUAUAUGCCUUACAAUCUCUACAUUGCAUUUCACCAUACCUUAUGGGUUUGGAGCUGCUGCAAGUACCCGGGUUUCAAACGAAUUGGGAGCUGGAAAUCCGCUAGUGGCUAGAAUGGCUGUGUGGGCUGCACUGUUUCUCGCUUCCAUAGAGGCAGUGACAAUAAGCACUGUGCUCUUCAGCUGCCGCAAUGUGUUGGGAUAUGCUUACAGCAGCGACAAGCAAGUUGUUAAAUAUAUUGCCGUCAUGACCCCUCUGAUUUGUCUCUCAGUUAUUACAGAUAGCUUCCAAGCAGUCCUUUCUGGAGUUGCAAGGGGAAGUGGGUGGCAGCAUAUAGGAGCAUACAUAAAUCUUGGGGCAUUUUACCUGGUUGGGCUUCCUAUUGCUGGAGUACUGGGUUUUGUAGCACAUUUAAAAGGGAAAGGCCUUUGGAUUGGAAUAGUGGCUGGUUCAAUUGUGCAAUUAACUUUUCUAUCCCUUAUAACAAGUUUAACAAAUUGGAAAAAACAGGCAACUAAGGCCAGACAGCGAGUGUUUGAAGAGAGUUCUGAACAGAACGGCUGAGUCAAGCACUGUGGAUUAAAAGAUUGAUG